AUGGCGAUGGAGAAAGCAACAGCUCUCCUGAAGGCCUUGCCUUCUGCCAAGGUGUGCACCUCGAUGAGCGCCGCGGUGAGUGCCGCCAAUGCAUCUGAGGAUGUCAAGUGCUGGGCAGUUCUCCAGCUUGGCAAGUCAAGUCUGUCCGAGGUCCAGACCGCACUCCAGCAAGGAUCGAAGCAGCUGGCCGUGCUUUUGGUGGCCACGCAGAAGCCCGUUUCUCAGCUGGAGGUGCUUCGGGCCAUGGAGUACGGCGGCGUCUAUGUGGCUGCUGGGGAGCUGGAAAACUCAGGUGACAUCUUGAAGGAGGCUGCUGGCUACAGUGAGGGGCCCGCCUUCGUGCUCCUCGCUGCAGCAGAAGCCAUCAAGGGUGAUGAGAACUGGACAUCGUUCAGGUACGAUCCCUGCAAGGAAGACAAAGGAUUGCCGGCCUUCUCUACAGACAGCACUCGCGUGCGUCAAGAGAUUCAGGGUUUCCUCUCAAGGGAGAGUCUGCUGACGCUGAUUGCGAAGAAGUCGCUGCCAUCCGCUGUGGCCGCUGACAGUGGCGAUGCUGCUGCCCUCAGCGAAGGCCUUGCUGCGGCCUCCAAGACUGUGACCAUCCUCUACUCGUCUGACACCGGCCAUGCCGAAGAAUGCGCCAAGGCAGUAGCGCGCCAAUGCCGAAAUGGUGGCUACGCAAGCAGCGCUGUCCGCUGUGGCACCAUGGAUUCGUUCGACGUGGGCGCGCUCGCAUCAGAGCCGCUGGUGGUCUUCUGCGUGGCUACAGCCGGCAAGGGUGAAUUCUGCGGAAAUGGCCGCAACCUGUUCGCCAAGCUUCAGGAGCGAAGCGAUCUGUCUCUCAGCGAUCUCAAGUACUGCAUCUUUGGUCUCGGUGACUCGCACUACUGGGGCAAGGGCACGGAGGAGUCAAAGUUCAACUUUGCUAAGCCAGCACGUGACCUGGACGACUUGCUCGAGAAGAUGGGGGCCCAGCGCAUGAUGCCGACGGGCUUUGGUGACGACCAGGACACUGACCAGUAUCACACUGGCUUCGCUGAGUGGAAGGGCCAACUCUUCUCCCGACUCGGCGUGGACAAGGCCGAUGCUGCCGGUGGCGGUGAUGAUGGCCCGGUGAAGACCGACGAGCAGAUCAAGGUGGAGACCAAGCAGCUGCGCGGCAGCAUGAAGGAGAGCCUGGAUGACAUCACCACCGGUCAGAUUCCAUUCCAGGACACCAAACUGAUCAAGUCUCAUGGCAGCUACCAGCAGGAUGACCGUGAUCUUCGUGAAGAACGGCAGAAGAUGGGCGUCGAAAACGCCUUUUCCUUCAUGAUCCGUGUGCGUCUUCCAGGAGGCUUCUGCACUGCCGAGCAGUGGAUUGCCAUGGAUGACAUCUGCCAGAACUUCGCCAAUGGCACUUUGAAGAUCACCACGCGACAGACCUGGCAGGUCCACGGGGUCUUGAAGCGCAACGUGAAGGCCACGAUGCGCGCCAUGAACAAGGCCUGCAUGGACACUUUGGCUGCUUGCGGCGAUGUUUGCCGCAACGUGCUGUGCACGUCCCGUCCGGACGUCUGCUCUAAGGAGCUGCACGCAGAGAUCUUGCACUACACCUACGAGAUCCACGAUCACUGCCUGCCUCGGUCUGGUGCCUACCACGAGAUCUUCCUCAUGCAAGGUGACGAGAUGGCCGAGAAGAUCCAGAUCAUGGGCUCCACUCCGGUCGAGGAGGAGCCUCUCUAUGGCCUCACCUACCUGCCGCGAAAGUUCAAGGUAGCCGUGGCAAUUCCUCCCAGCAAUGAUGUGGACCUCUUCGCGCACUGCGCAGGCUUCAUUGCCAUCAUCCAAAAUGGCAAACUGCUAGGCUUCAACGUUACCGUGGGUGGCGGCCUUGGCUUCACCCACAACAACCAGAAGACCCAUCCUCGACUUGCAGAUGUGAUCGGUUUCUGCAAGCCUGGUGAUGCGAAGUACGUGUGCGAGUGCAUCCUGACCGUUGCCCGCGACUUCGGUGACCGUACGGGCCGAAAGCAUGCGCGUGUGAAGUACACAGUGGAAGACUACGGUGCGGAGUGGUUCAAGGAGCAGGUCGAGGACCGCCUUGGCUUCAAGCUGGAGCCUGCGAAGCCAUACAAGAUUGAGCAUCGCGGUGACCUUCACGGCUGGGUCAAGGCCAGCGAUGGCACCUGGAGCUGCGGUCUGCUGAUCCCCAUCGGCCGUGUCAAGGAGAGCAGCCGCGUUUGCCUGCGCAAGAUUGCCGAAGAGUUGAAGGGUAAGGAGAAGGGUGGUUUCCGCAUGACGUGCAACCAGUCCCUCGUUCUGGAAAACAUCUCCGAGGCCAAGAGACCUAUUAUCCAAAAGCUUCUGGACGAGUACAAGGUGAUGCACAGCAAGGAAACCACCGUCAGCGGUUUGCGCCGCAACAUGGUUGCCUGUGUCGCCCUGCCCACUUGCCCGCUGGCGUUCGCCGAGGCUGAACGAUACUUGCCAACUCUCGUGGAGCGCUUGGAGGCGGUGACCGAUGCUGUCGGCUUGGGCCAGGAGGACAUUGUCAUCCGUAUGACUGGCUGCCCGAAUUCCUGCGGCAGGCCUUCGAUGGCCGAGAUUGGGUUCAUUGGCAAGGCUCCUGGCACCUACAACAUGUACCUAGGUGCCGACUUUGUGGGCCAGCGCUUGAACACUCUUUUCGCAGAGUCUGUCAACGAGGACCAGAUCAUCCAGAUCCUUACCCCCAUUUUUGGCCGUUUUGCCAAGGAGCGAGAGAAGAGCGAGAAGUUUGGUGACUUCCUCAUCCGCAAGCAGAUCGUCAAGCCGAUGAACAAUGGCCGUGACUGGUGGACAACUCCGGAGGUCUGA